CCUUCUGGGGUCACUAGGUGCACCUCUCAGGUGUGUUUUGCUCAGAGAAAUGUACAGAGGUACAGUGCAGACCGUGGCAUGUCCAGAUAUCCAACGUUGACAUACUGAAUAGGAAACUAGCUCCAUUGUUUGAAUUUGAGUCCAUGCUCCAGCUUUCUAUAGAGUGGUGAUUAUGGCGAGGGAGUGAGUCCGGACGGGAAUCAACAUUAGAAGUGAGAUAUGGAAAUGGUUUACAAGUGCCUGAUUCUCUCCUUGUUCAUCUUCUUCUUGGCAUUUCAAAGCAAUAUCCUCAUGGACAGGAAUAAUGAAAAAGUUGCCUUGGAGUUUCUUAGCAUUUUCUGUAAUGUCAGUUCACUGAAGAUGGAACUUAGAACAGACAUAAGUGAAGACUUGAUUUAUGACAAAUGGAUGGAGUCCAUCUCGAACAUUCUCAGAAUACACAAAGUUGAAGCAUUGAGGAUGGAAGAGGAGAGCAUACUCUACUACAUUAUGAUGUGUAUCAAGGUGGCCUUGCUGUCUGUAAGUCCUGCCAUCCCAGACCAUCCAGAUCUCCGAUACAGAACAACCUCAUGGACAAACACCAACCAGUCCAGAGGCCUUCUUCUGUCUUCUAUGGAAUCACGUGGACUCUUCAUCUUGUCGGUCAUCAUCAUUCCAGCUUGCAUUUGGAAGAUCUACCAGAGGUGGAGGAGUACAGAAACAGACCCAGAAGCAGGACAUCAGGGCAGAGAGACUCCAAAUACACCUCCACCUGUACAACUGGUCGUCUCCCAGUCUGACCUGGAAGGGAUGCUGGCGCUGCUGCAGAGCAUCCAAGGUCACCUCGAUCGCUUGGAGAAAAGGUGUCGGAGUAUCAGGAGGCCACGGACGAGAGAGAAGAAGAGGCGGGUGAUCCGGCUCAUGAGUCAAACUGAGUCCAACUCCUCCUCGCCCUCUUCGUGAACAUCACAUGGGAAAGACACGCUGCAAGAUCAAGUGGUAGCAGGCAGUGUUGUGGCGAGGGAAAAAAGGCCUGCACAGAA